CACUCCCAUUUCUCCGAGGAUUUUCUUUAAGAUAUUAUAUAUUUAGAUGGCUGUCUACUUCCAGGUAGUUAUAGGAUAUCUCUCUAAUAAUUAAACUAGUAAUUCUUCCUUUACUCUUUCGUCCUAGCCAUGAACGGGUUCACCGGUACCAAUGAGUCGCAUGACACAAAUGAAGAUCAACAUAGCCAAUACAAUGACCAUUACUCAAGCGCAAGCGACGAAGACAAUGAUGCAGUUGAGGUCACAUUUGAUCCAUCGAGUCUCUACCGACGAAAAAGCUCCUUAAUAUAUAGCGAAACCGACGGUCCGAAAUUUGCGGCGUGCAAAUCAAAGGCGGGAGCCACCCAAUGUUUAGUUCACCAAUUUCUUGAAGGAUAUAGAAAUGAAAAUCGUAAAAAUACAGAUAGAGAGCAGAACGAUAAUACUCAUGUCACUACUACUGGCUUGGAUUCGUACGUUGAACCUAAGGGCAAACCUGCAAGUCCACAAGUAAAUGGGUCUCCAAAAGAUCUGGACAGCGAUGCUAGCACAGAGGCAGGGCAACCCGACCAAGAGUCGUGGAAGAAAGCUCGGCUUGGCUUAGAUCAUAACGAAGGCCUUAACAGCCGCCUACUCACAAAGAAACAAUUGACAGAUAUGGCCUGGGGAGUCCGAGAAAUGAGCCGAAGACUAGGAAGCAUACGACUGAAGUUCAAAGUCAGAAGCGUCUUCCUACUAACAAAAGCUUACGAUCGGGAAUUAAUACCAAAGACGAGAUUAGUAGCGAAAUGGCUACUUAGUAAGGCCAGAGAAGUUCGGUAUACCGUUUAUGUGGAAGAGAGCUUGAAAAGCUGCGAAGAAUUCGAUACUCCUGGGUUGUUGCAAGAGCUUUGCCAAGAACACAACGAUUCCGACGGGGUAGACAAAAACGCCACCAAAAAGUCAUUAGAAAAUCGCUUACGUUUCUGGACCGAGAAAAUGUGUCGCAAGCGUCCACAUACAUUCGACUUCGUCAUCACGCUCGGAGGCGACGGGACAGUCCUCUACGCGAGCUGGCUAUUCCAACGAAUAGUGCCACCAGUCCUCAGUUUCUCCCUAGGCAGCCUAGGCUUCCUAACAAAAUUCGAAUUCAACGAAUACUCCGAGAUCCUAUCCACCGCAUUCCGAGACGGCGUAACCGUAAGCCUGCGUCUGCGUUUCGAAGGCACCGUAAUGCGCAGCCAGCGGAAAAAGAACCAACUCACGCAAGACGAAUACACGGACGACGAGGGAACGCGGCGGAAACGGGAUUUAAUAGAAGAGCUGAUCGGCGAGGAGCGCGACGACGAACACACGCACAAGCCAGACGGGACGUACGAGAUCCUCAACGAAAUCGUCGUCGACCGCGGGCCGAACCCAACAAUGUCCUACACCGAGAUCUUCGGCGACGACGAACACUUCACCUCCGUGCUCGCCGACGGCGUCUGCGUCUCCACGCCCACCGGGUCUACCGCCUACAACCUCGCAGCCGGCGGCUCUUUAUGCCACCCCGACAACCCCGUAAUGCUCGUGACCUCAGUAUGCGCACACACACUCUCCUUCCGGCCCAUAAUCCUCCCCGACACCAUCGUUCUGCGCGUCGGCGUUCCCUACGACGCGCGCACGCACAGCUGGGCCAGUUUCGACGGGCGGGAGCGCGUGGAGCUGCGCCCAGGGGAUUAUGUGACGAUCAGCGCGAGCAGGUUCCCGUUCGCGAGCGUGCAGCCGCAGGGACGGAGGGGCGAGGAUUGGGUUAAGAGUAUUAGUGCGAAGUUGGGGUGGAAUACGAGACAGAGGCAGAAGAAUGAGGGGUUUAAUCAGUGGAAUCGGUGAUUGUGGGGAUGGUGGAUAGUAGAAAUGGUGGAUGGUGGAAAUGGUAGAUAGGAAAUGGAGGUUUAUAGGGAAGGAUGGGAUGGGAUGGGAGGAAAAGUAGGGUGCUUGGAGUUUUUGGGUCGGGUUAGCGCUGUGUCUUUCUUUUGGUCUCGGAUAGAGAGGGAUGGAUGGUUAGGUUUUUGGGGAUCUGAGGUGCUGCGGAAGUAAAUUCUGGGCAUUAUAGGAUGCUUAGUAUUGCGCAGAUAUAGGUACAGCAAAGAGGUAAAGAAUUAUGUGUCGGCGAUCAGGUGUAGAAACUGAGAUUUCUAUUGGGA